AUGACGCAGGCGGAAAAUACAGCAAAACAACGCGAAAACGAAAAGCGUCGGGAUUGGUUUCGCCUCCUCGCUACUGCUCUCGCCGUCAACAUUGCUGUUUGGCUUAGCUUGAUAUUUCAAGUCUACGAUAUCCGACACAACCAGAGCCGCCGUAUAACUUACGAGAGUAUUGCCUGGUAUAACACCCUAGAAUGGGAAUCUCAUAUCGAUUACAACGAAAGCAUUUUUCCACCUACAUUCGCCUUCGCCAGCGGUGGUGACUUCGUAGAUACUGCAUUGGCGUCGUUCGCCGGCGGCACUACAUUGUGCACGUUUCCCCAGUACUCGAGAACAAAGUCAACUGAUUGUCCUGUUGCAGAUUUCAACAGGACGAGGCAGACACUGGAGAUUUAUUCCGAAGCGUACGGACAUCUCGACGCCUACAUAUUCAAUCCUCAUGAGCUUCAGCCAAACAACAACACUUAUGUCGACCUCACAAAUCGAGUUCUUCUGCAGACAGACAAUAGCGAUGACCUAGAACACGAUUAUUCUCCACAACUGCUACAGACACCAUACAUUUUCGCGGCCAUUUAUGACCCGAGAAUCGACCUUGCAACAGCACUCCAUUGCGGCCUAGUGGCAUUCACAGAGAUCCCUGCGAUGGGGACAAACACAAUCACACUUUCGGCACAGCAUGUUACUGAUGACCUGGGCAUUGUGAAACCUCCAGACGACAAGACUACAUGCUCGAAAAUUUACACCAGCGCACUUACAAUGAAGAAUCCGCCAUAUACUUCCUACUCUUUUAAGCUGGGGUCUAUGCCGACGUCAAACUUGAGUACCUGCGACACGAAACUCAAUUCGAAUGCCUUCUGUAUCUCGCAGGUAUUACUUCGAUAUGGUUCUCGUGUGGUUUCUCGCAUGGAGAGUGUACCUGGUAUUGCCAAAACUGAUAUCUUGAUUGCGGAGGGAGCAAUUGUUGGUGCAGUCCAGUUCUUCAUGUGGUUCUUCGGCAUCUUUGCUCUGUAG